GCAUACAUACAAACACACUUGUCACCACAAUUAAAAUCUUUUAUAGCAGUUUAUGUUACCAUUUUGCCCCUUCACUCACACCAAUUCCUAAGCCCCAACUUGUCCAUCAUUCAGAGGUGGAGCUGACAAAGGCGUUUAUAUCAGCAUAAAGCCCCCUUUAAUUGGUUGUUUAUCCGCCAAAGCAGCAUGGUUUUAGUGAAUCUCUCUCUCCCAGAGUUUAAAAUAAUGCUUUUUUUCUAUAAUGGAGUGUGGGAAUCUUGGAGCCUGUUUAUGGUCAAUCACCGAGUCCCAAAGCUGUAAAAGUAGAAUGCCUCUCAAGAAUUACUCGGAUAAAAAUGCAUGAAGAAGUAUUUGAUUUCUUGUACGUAUGACAUCAAAAGCAGAAGCUCCUUGGAAUUCUUUAUAGUGCUAAGGUAGUAAGGUUACAGCUUACAGGCUAGCAGCUACGGAGAACGAGAGAAACAAGGAGGGAAGAGAGAGAGAAUUCAGAGUCUUUUUCAUCUUUUGCAGGCUUGAAACUUGAUCAAGAAAAUCAAAUGGACGAUGAGAACCCACCUCCAGUUUCACGUAAAAAUGGGACCCACGAGGCCCCCAGGGCCGGACCCACGAGGAAGGGCAGGUACACCACCGAUGAUGAUGGAGAUCAGAUCAAGUGUUCUGGCAAGCAUUGCAGAGCAUGCACUGCCGGGUUGGUAGCAGACUGCGUGGCCCUCUGUUGCUGCCCGUUCGCCGUGGUGGAAUUUCUUGCUCUUGCGCUUGUGAAAGUCCCGUGGAUGGUGGGGAGGAGAUGCCUGGGAUUGGGGAGGAAGAAGGGUCAGAGGCCGGAGAUGAAGAGGAAAUGCAGGAGAAGUGAGGGUGACUGCGUGGUGGAGAGGGAUGGGAAUGUGAGAAAGAGGAGGGAAGUGGAGGGAAUGCCAGAAAUUGCAUCUGGGUUUGAUGAAGAAGAGAGAAUGGACAGUGGUAGUGCCAGGUUUGAAGCUGAGAGGGUUUGGCUGGAGCUGUACCAGGUUGGUCAUUUGGGUUUUGGGAGAGUUUCCUUCACCGGCAUUCAAAUCUCUGGGUAAGGCAAUAAGGGAAGGAAACCAAUAUGCAUGGUAAAUACAUUAUUAUUUAUAAGUCUUUGAAGCAUUACCCCCACGACUUUGGGGUUAUUAUAAGUGUUACAUGAGCUCAAGAUUAAGCUUGGCCUUGCUAAUGAAAAUGAAGUGAUUUUCUAUGAUUC